GGAAGGAAGGGGCGUGGCCGGCGUUGUGCCGGGACCGGGAUGAUGGGCGCGAGGGUGAGCCGCGUGCUCGGCCAGUUCAACCUGGAGAGCCGCGCGCACCGCGAGAUCGGGAAGGCCAAGCCCGCGCCCGCCCCCAGGCACCCCCUCCCCGCCGCCGCCGCCAAGCAGCAGCCAAGCUCGAUUGAAUUCCAGGAAGAGGUUACAAAAAAAGAUCAACACCUUCAUACUCUAUUAAAAGACGUUUACGUGGAUUCCAGGGAUCCCCCUAAACAGGUGAACAAAGGAGGACGUUUGAAGCCUGAGGAACGCAGAGUUACGAACAUAGGCAAUUUAAGCCAGUUGGAUGUUCAGACUGUUCCAAAAGGCAAAAUCUCAGUAGUUGAAGCCUUGACACUUCUUACUAAUCACCACCGCUCUCCACAGACCUGGACUGCAGAGAAAAUAUCGAUGGAAUAUUGUUUGGAGCUGAAGGAUGUGACUGCUCUCUUAACCUUCUUCAUGCCUUUCGCUGUGGAGAUUUUUCCUCAUAAAGACAAAAAGGCCCUGGAAUCUAGAUAAAGAAAAGUCUCCCAAAUUGUGUAGUGAACUGUUCCUAAUGUCUUGUGUACACAACAUGUACUGAUUCUCCCAGUUGCCAUCAGAUGUGCCUGCAUUGAAUGGUAUUUAUGUUGUCUUUCUCAUGCAUCCCGGGCAUACCAUUUGUCCUGCAUUUAUGUUGAGGCCUAACUCCCAUUCCUCUCAACCAGGGUAAACAAAUGGAUGGGGGAUAGAGGUAAUUUUUCCUCCCGAGAUCGUCUUGCAGCUCCACACAACACUCAUAAGUCCCAGUAUCCCACUCAUGCUCAUGUGUUUACUUCCUGUAGUCACUUUGAGAAGAUCUGUAGAGAUAAACAUAAGUAUUUGGAGCUGCUGGGAUUCUGGUAUGUUUGUGAGGAUGAAGUGGAAGUGUUUUUAUAUGUUUUCAAGAGCAGGAGGGGGUUCUAUGUGGUUUUGCUGCAAAAGCACCCUAAACUAUACCAGGUACCACACCAUGUAGGGACUUCAGGGUCACAAAAGGGAUUAUGUCCUCAGAUUUCUUUGUGCCCACCCCUCUUCUAUAUAAUAGUUCAGCACAUUCAAAAGGAGAACAAACUGUCUUGGGUUUUUCUAACAUUGCCUGGAAAACAAUCUACUCGGAAGACAUUGUCAAAUGACUCCAAAAAUUGAUUGUAUCUUGCCUUCGUCAUCUCUGCCUUGGGUUCUGCAGAAGCUAUUGCUAUAAUAAUCUUCUGUAAAUAGCUUUAAUUAAAGCAAACAGAAUUGCACUGUGUUUUUCAUCAGAAA